AUGGAGAGUGAAGGUUCUGGGCGGCGAGCUGGGGCCAGGGUCGAAGUCCAGCCGCCGCAGGAGGUCCUGAGUCGGGACGGUCCCUGGGGGAAGGUGGAGUCUGGAGGAGCCCAGCGCAGAGCCCGGGAGGGUCCGCCCGCAGCAGGAGCUCUCCGCAGCCGCCAAGCUGGAACUAAACGUCAAGACCGGGAGCUCUGGGCCCGCGGCUGGUGCCCAGCGGCUCUACCAGGCGGAGACCCUGGCAGAAAGCAAGCCGGCCCCUGCGACCUCCUGGAGGAGUGGCCGGGCCAGGAGCGUGCUGCGCUGGUUCUCCACCGCGGUCCUGUAUGCCGCCUUCCUGGGGCUGGUGCAAAUGUCCUCAUCUUGGCUCUUUGGGGGGACAAAGGAGCCCCACACAUGCAGGCCUUGCACUUCAGUUUCGCCUUGGGUGCUGUCCUGGCUCCCCUGCUGGCUAAAUUGGCCUGGAGUACCUCAGAAUCCACUCAGAACCACACAGAGUCUGCCUUUGACCCGCUAAUGCUGAACCGAUCCUCUGAAGCCACCUCAGACUCUCUGUUUGCGGUACCCGAGAACAUGAAUCUGCUGUGGGCGUACGCUUCCACUGGCACCUAUAUUUUAGUAGUUUCUGUCUUUCUCUUUGGUCUGUUUUGUAUUAAACACUCAAGGCAGAAAAAAAACACAGAUUCUGCUCAGGGUGCUCGAAGAGCUAAAUAUCACAGGACCCUGCUCUGUCUCCUCUUUGUCUUCUUCUUCUUUUAUGUUGGAGCUGAGAUAACAUUUGGCUCUUACCUAUUUUCCUUUGCCACCACCCAUGUUGGCAUGAAAGAAAGUGAAGCAGCCGGCUUGAACUCUGUCUUCUGGGGGACCUUUGCAGCCUGCAGGGGCCUGGCCAUUUUCUUUGCAACAUUCUUACAGCCUGGAACCAUGAUUGUGUUGAGCAACGUUGGCAGCCUUGUCUCAUCUUUCUUUCUGGUGCUUUUUGACAAGAGCCCUCUCUGCCUUUGGAUUGCGACUGCUGUGUAUGGAGCCUCAAUGGCAACCACAUUUCCCAGUGGAGUUUCCUGGAUUGAGCAGUACACCAGCCUAAGUGGGAAGUCUGCAGCAUUCUUCGUAAUUGGUGCCUCUCUAGGAGAUAUGGCGAUUCCUGCAGUCAUCGGAAUUCUUCAAGGACACUACCCAGACCUGCCAGUGAUUCUGUACGUCUGUUUUGCGUCAGCCAUAUUCACUGGAGUUAUAUUUCCCGUGAUGUAUAAAUUAGCCACCUUACCUCUGGAACGCCAGCACAAAGGAAAAAGAAAAGGCGAGGACCAGAAAGCUUUGUCCACUAGUUCUAGACUGUGAGCAAGAGACUAAACAGGAAGAUGAAAAAAAAAAAAAAACAACAAUGAAAUAGAUUUUGAAGUGGUUGAAAUGAGUGACCCAACGAGGCCAUCUUUAAUGGGGUCAUUUAGAGAUGUUUUCUUGAAGGGGCCCUUCUGCUCAGUCCUCUGCAGUUAAUAAAGGCAACCCCUUGACACACUCCAGACAAAAAGGAUGUAUACUUAGAGAGGAAGAAUUCCUUAAGGACGUCACUGAAUAAAGCGUUCAAUCAUCGGGAGAGUGAGGAUUUUUCAAUACCUGCUGGCAUUCAUGCUUUCUGGGUCUACUUAUAGAGAAAGCUAAAGAAUUUAGAAACACGUUCUGUGAUUCUCAGUCAUCCAUAAGAUCUUGCUAGGAGAUUCAUUCUGACAGACACAUACACAGGUAAUGUUGAUGGUCGCCACCUUUCAGAGCAUGCAAAGAAGACGGUUGGGUUGGGAAGCUGUGGGGCGUGCCAACAGCAGACAGAUGUGCUCAACAGUGAUCACCCACCUAUGUUCUGCCAGGUAUUCUGGGAGUGUUCUUCUGAAGGCAUCCUUGUAAGGGUCCGACAUUUCCACAGCUGCUGUAGGGCUGGGUCACAGAGUACCAGGGGCAAUGGCUGGUUUCAGGUUUUUAUUUCUACAAAGGAAACACAGAGCAAGGUUUAAGUUAUGUGUGGCUUCUCAACAUGACUCUGCCUCUCAGAUCUGCCCUGAGGCACUCAGAACAGGCCUCUGUGUCCUCUCCAGACCCUGAAUUUCUAUAAAGGAAAUUGAAAAUCUCCCAAAUUGAAAAUCUAUGUAUCAUGAAGUUUUUGUGAGAUGUCUCCUAGACAAGCUCUAGCUUGCUCGUCAUUGCAAAUUCUGAGUGAAACAGAGAUGAUCAAAAACUUAAUUAAGAAUGUGAUACUAAUUACAUGUGCUGUUUAAUGUACUCAAGGCCAAAUAUAAAUAGUCUUUUGAAAAA